AUGCAGUCAUUGGCAUGUAAUACUACGGCUAAAACACGGGUUUCUAGCCUAACAUCAGAUACCGCCCCAACUCAACCAGAAAUGAACUUUAUGCUUUGGAAUUGUCGUGGAGCAAAUAACACUGAUUUUCGUCGUAACUUUCGCUUAUUACUAGACUACCAUGGCCCGACCUUAGUUGUAUUGUUUGAAACUCAUAUGCAUGACCAUACUGUGUUAUGUGAUGAUUUCCAUUUCACUAACUUUUAUAAAGUUCCAGCUACGGGUCAAGCGGGUGGUAUUGUACUCCUCUGGCAUGAUAAUGUACUAGCUGUUGAAAAUCUUGCUAUGACUGAGCAGGAGGUACAUGUCAUGAUACAGGUAUUUCCCAACCCUCAAAAGUGGCUUUUUCCCGCAAUUUAUGCUAGUCCACACUAUCACACAUGUCGAUUAUUGUGGCGUAACCUAAUGUAUUUAGCUGAUACUUAUAAAGGUCCUUGGCUCGUUAGGGGAGAUUUCAACGAAAUCUUGUGCUCUACAGAAAAAUUUGGUGGCCGCCCAAUUAGUAACCCUCGUUCAAGUCGGUUUGCUGACUAUUUAAAUUAUUGUCAAUUAGUAGACCUUGCAUAUACUGGUAGCAAAUACACCUGGACAAAUAAGCGUCACUAUGGUAGCAAUAUAUUAGAAAGGCUUGACAGAAUACUUGCUAAUUAUGAUUGGAUAACUCUAUUCCCUGAAGCUUCUGUCCGACACUUGCCUAGAACACAUUCCGACCAUAACCCUCUACUUCUCACUUUCCACUCCCCAUACCCCCAACAAAUAAACCCUUUCGUUUUGAAACUAUCUGGACCUCUCACCCUGAUUUUAUCCAUAUUCUCCGCAAUAGCUGGCAUUGCCCGAAAAGUUUAUUAG